GUGUUUAGUGUCGGACAUUCACAUCAGUGAAAGAAGCGGCUCACCAAGAAGUCUCUCUGCGUUACGAGAAAGAGGAUUAAAAUGCUGUCUUCUGUUCUUGCGAAAAGACUGGUGACAGGUAUGUGCGGGGCAGCAUGGAGACCAGCAGUCACAGGGCUGGUAUCAUCUCGUGGUUACCGUGGAGAUUCACCAGAUGACACCAGGGGAGACCUGAUUGAGAUCCCUUUGCCUCCUUGGGAGGAGAGGCCCGGUGAGCCCACUGACAUCAAGAAGCGACGCCUGCUGUAUGAGAGUCGCAAGAGGGGCAUGUUGGAGAACUGCAUUUUGCUCAGCCUUUUUGCAAAGCAGUAUCUGAACACUAUGACUGAGAGCCAGCUGCUGCAGUACGACCGACUGAUUAAUGAACCAAGCAAUGACUGGGACAUCUACUACUGGGCAACAGAAGCUCAGCCCACCCCGGACGUUUACCAAGGAGAGGUCAUGGAUAUGCUGAAGGAGUUCACAAAGAACCGCAACCACGAACAGAGGUUAGAUGCACCCAGCUUGGAGUACCUGGAAAAGGAAAGCCAAUGAGGUCCAUGGCCCUUUGAACCGUCUCAGAGACUCAUUUUUAGGUGGGGCACUGGGUGAAAUAUCAGUGUCACAACCCACUGGAAAAAUACCUCAGAGGUCAGCUGUGUGUCUCCAGUUACACACACUGAGGAUGAACAAAAUUGUGGAAUGGAAAAUAUUUAGUGCCCUUCUCUAGGAAAUAUUUUUGCCAUUAUAGGGAGAGGAAGAUUUGUGGAAGGAGCGAACGUUAAUGCAACACAACAAUAGGAAGGUGUCCUGAAUAUUUAACAUUAAUUGUGUUGUAAAUUUCUGAUUCAAGACUGUACAUUUAAACUGCAGAAUGUGUGAGAUGCAUACUGAUUGAGCCAGGUUUGAUAAAUAAGAUACAAGCUGAUAAUCAGUUUCUAUGUAAGACAGUUAAACAGAAACAUUGAUUCACUCUUAGCUUGUUGAAGUGUCAUGUUUUGGUUUCUGUUGUAUGAUUUUACCGUGCCUAUUACAGACAUUAUGGGUUAUUUAAUAAAUGUUGAUGCUCUA